AUGCUAAAGACUCUUGAUUUCAGACACUUCAAUCGGGUAUCUCCAGAAAAAGUUGAGACUAAAACACCUAAGGACUUAGGGACAAAUGACGAAAACAUACAGCGAGGUAACUGGGCCUUGAAAACUGACUACUUGUUCUCAGUGAUUGGCUACACUGUGGGACUGGGUAAUGUCUGGCGAUUCCCUUACCUGGUUUACAAAAAUGGAGGAGGUGCUUUUCUAAUUCCCUACAUACUCAUGAUGGCACUUGCUGGGUUGCCAGUAUUUUUCAUGGAAUCGGCCUUAGGGCAGUUUGCCAGCCUCGGACCUGUUCAAGUGUGGAAGGCUGUUCCCAUCUUACAAGGUAUGGGUCUCCUAACCUUUUCUGUGUCAGCAUUUCAAGGCCUUUACUACAACUGCAUCAUCACCUACUGCCUGUUCUACUUCAUUAUUUCCUUCCAAUCGCCUCUGCCAUGGAAAGACUGCUACAGUUGGUGUGAAAACGAUAAAAUCUGCCACAAGACUCCCGCAGAUCCCAUGUACAAUGUGACAUCGUCUUCAGAAAGUAACGGAAACAAAAACUGCCAGAAUUCGUCUUACCAGAAGAGCCGAAGCGAGCAUUUCUGGGAUGUUGUGGUUUUACAUCGUUCAAGUUCAAUUAAUGAGACUGGGAAUGUCGUCUGGCAUCUAGCUGUCUGUCUACUCGUGACCUGGCUGAUUAUUCUGCUGGUGCUGUGCAAAGGAAUCAAAAUUUCUGGAAAGGUGUCGUAUUUUACUGUGGCAAUCCCAUACAUUGGUUUGAUCUUACUACUGAUCCGAGGUGUUACUCUGGAGGGAGCCUAUCACGGGAUCAAAUACUACUUUGGAGGGCAUUCAGAUUUCUCCAAACUGGCUGAUAUUCAGGUUUGGAAAGAUGCAGCAACACAAAUUUUCUUUUCCCUGUCAGUGUCACUGGGUGGUAUAACAGCUCUGUCUUCCUACAACAAGUUCCAGAAUGACUGUUUCACAGAUACCAUCAUUGUCGGUGUUAUUAAUUGUCUGACGAGUUGGCUAGCUGGAUUUGCCAUCUUCUCCACCCUCGGGCACGUGGCUAAUGAAAUUAAUUUACCAGUUUCAGAGGUUUCACAUUCAGGUUUGGGAUUGGUCUUUCUAGCAUAUCCAGAAGCCCUUCUCCACCUUCCAAUUGCCCCUCUUUGGUCUGCUAUAUUUUUCAGUAUGAUUGUCACAAUAGGAUUAACCAGUCAGUUUGCAGUUGUAGAGACAAUUAUAACAAGCCUUCUUGAUGAGUUUCCCAACUUUCUGCGAGACAAACGGUUAUAUGUGACGGUUAUUGUUUGUUUGAUCUUAUAUUUACUUGGAAUGUUGCUCGUAACGCAGGAUUUUAUCAGCACUGAUGUUAAGUAG